GGGGCAGGUUCACUAGUUGAAGUUGGUUACCCUUCGGAAAAGAAGAAUCAUCUCACUGAACUUCUCUCCUGGUUGAGGGAAGAGUUCAGGUCCAAAUAAGUUAUCAGUUCCUAUUCCAAAUUAAAACACUUUUCAUGUGUGCCAUCAGUAUAUACAAUAAUCAUUUUUAACCCAACUCAUUACAUGGCCACUCUUCUCCUAGCACUUAGACGUACUAAAUUUCCUUUCUUCUGUUGGGUCUCUUGGUGUGGAGGGGAAGAGGGGGUAGAUAGAGAAAUCAACUAUUUCAUGGAUAAAAGUGGUGAUUUUCAAGGAAGGAGUGGGGGACCAACCUUCUGCUUUAUAAAUCCCUUUGAUGCAUUUCCAGUAUUUUGAGCCUUCACUUGAGGGAGACUUUGACUCUUUCUCUAAUUCCCAACCACUCUAGAACCUAUUAGUUGGAGGUACAGUACCUCCAAGGAAUUAGUUUUCAGUGGCUGUUUCAAAACACUCCAAUCACUGCUGAAUAUUUAGAAAAGACUUCCUCAGCCCUCUUUCCAAGAAGUAUAUUAUUUCAAGAAGUAUGUACUAAUAUACUCUUUAGUGUAGUUGCCACCUAUUUAUCACUCUUCAGCAGUUCCAAAUAUCCAAGUGCACACAAAGAUAUGGGAUGUUGUGUGAAUCACAAGAGGCCAAGAGGCACACUUUCUCUAGACUAGUCUAAUAAAGAGUAAUUUCAAAUUUCCUGAAAAGAAGAGCUUGUUACUCUUGCCUAACUUAUUCCUUUUUUCACCCUUUGAAAGAGUGAGAGAACAGUGGCAGAGAAGCUUAUGCUUCAGGAAGCUAUUGUAAUAAAAUUCUUCUGUCAUAUUAAACCUUAAAAUAUACUUAAGAAAUCUUAAGUAAUACUUUGACUUUUAUAGCACCUUUCAGUUUCCCAAGCCCCUUUCUCAUCUAUUAGAAAAACAUGUCAAACCAGGGAUACAUUGGUCUGGUUUUAAGACACAUGUGGGAUAAGUCUGGAUCAGGAGAAGUAUGCUGGGAUAGGAUUGAAGGAAGCCUCUAAUGAAAAAGCAGAGUUAAAUAAUGGCAGAGACAAGUCUCUUAGAUGCUGGGGCCUCUGCAGCCUCCACAGCUGCAGCGCUGGAAAACUUACAGGUGGAAGCGAGUUGCUCUGUGUGCCUGGAGUAUCUAAAGGAGCCUGUCAUCAUUGAGUGUGGGCACAACUUCUGCAAAGCUUGCAUCACCCGCUGGUGGGAGGACCUAGAGAGGGACUUCCCUUGUCCUGUCUGUCGAAAGACAUCCCGCUACCGCAGUCUCCGGCCUAAUCGACAACUAGGCAGUAUGGUGGAAAUAGCCAAGCAGCUCCAGGCUGUCAAGCGGAAGAUCCGAGAUGAAAGCCUCUGCCCCCAGCACCAUGAGGCCCUUAGCCUCUUUUGCUAUGAGGACCAGGAGGCUGUAUGUUUGAUAUGUGCAAUUUCCCACACCCACCGGGCCCAUACCGUCGUGCCACUGGAUGAUGCCACACAGGAGUACAAGGAAAAAUUGCAGAAGUGCCUGGAGCCCCUGGAGCAGAAGCUGCAGGAGAUCACCCGCUGCAAGUCCUCUGAGGAGAAGAAGCCUGGAGAGCUCAAGAGACUCGUGGAGUGUCGCCGGCAACAGAUCUUAAAGGAAUUUGAAGAGCUUCAUAGGCGGCUGGAUGAAGAGCAACAGAUGUUGCUUUCACGACUAGAGGAGGAAGAACAAGACAUUCUACAGCGCCUCAGAGAAAAUGCUGCUCACCUUGGAGACAAGCGCCGGGACCUGGCCCACUUGGCUGCUGAGGUGGAGGGCAAGUGCUUACAAUCGGGCUUCGAGAUGCUUAAGGAUGUCAAAAGUACCCUGGAAAAAUGUGAGAAGGUGAAGACCAUGGAGGUGACUUCAGUGUCUAUAGAGCUGGAAAAGAACUUCAGCAAUUUCCCCCGACAGUACUUUGCCCUAAGGAAAAUCCUUAAACAGCUAAUUGCGGAUGUGACCCUGGACCCAGAGACUGCUCACCCUAACCUAGUCCUGUCAGAAGAUCGUAAGAGCGUCAAGUUUGUGGAGACAAGACUCCGGGAUCUCCCUGACACACCACGGCGGUUCACCUUCUACCCUUGUGUCCUGGCUACUGAGGGCUUCACCUCAGGCCGACACUACUGGGAGGUGGAGGUGGGUGAUAAGACCCACUGGGCAGUGGGCGUGUGCCGGGACUCCGUGAGCCGAAAGGGCGAGCUGACUCCACUCCCUGAGACUGGCUACUGGCGGGUGCGGCUGUGGAAUGGGGACAAAUAUGCAGCCACCACCACGCCUUUUACCCCUUUGCACAUCAAGGUGAAACCCAAGCGGGUGGGCAUAUUCCUAGACUAUGAGGCUGGCACGCUCUCUUUUUACAAUGUCACAGACCGCUCUCAUAUCUACACUUUUACUGAUACUUUUACUGAGAAACUUUGGCCCCUCUUCUAUCCAGGCAUCCGGGCUGGUCGGAAGAAUGCUGCACCACUUACCAUCAGGCCCCCAACAGAUUGGGAGUGACAGGUAGGGAUGUGGUAAUAAUUGGGGUGAGUCAGGGUCAAGAGCUAUGGGCCUUCCUUCCUGUGACCUGCUGGAACGUCUUUGUGUCUGCCUGGUUCCAGUCCUGCACUGUCUAGGAGAAGCACCUUGGUUUCUAGAAUGGUUUAUAUGGAGGAGUAGAUAGGACUGGUCUGGGAUGAGAGCACAGUUGCGUCUCCCUCCUCUCAGGGUGGGGAGCUAGUUCCCAGGGGUUGACUUCCCUGAAGUCCAUCAGGUUUUCUAUUGCACAUGGAUAGGUUGGGAAGGAAGGAGAGGCGUUUUCGGAAACAGAAAGGCUAUGGGAGGGUCUGACUUGCUCAAAACCAGAAGAGGAAAAGAAACCCCUGUACAUCCUUUUAGGGGGUUGUUUGACCCAGAAUGGUCCUAUUUCUUGAGGAAGGUCAGAGGGGUCUGUGUACCCGUAGACUAAAAUAAAGAUGAAUGAUAGUUGCUCUUAUGGGUCUAGAAGUUAAGGAGUUUUGUUUUUUUUGAGGGCAGAGAUUGAGCAUCAAGAUUAGAAAGAAAGUCGGGAAAGGAGCUAAAGGAACAGAUUCCUAGCAACUAAUGAAGGGGAAAGGGGUUUCCUUGGUCUUCCAUUCCCAGAGUAAGUUGCCAUUAGGAUUGGCCAGAGGUAGGACUGUGGGGAGGAGAGUGUGAGAAGAAAGGAGAGGAGAACUCGGGUCCCCGCCUCAGCCUUCAGCAAAGCUGGCUUAGUGCCUGCCUCCUUAGAGUUGGUUGUCUCCAAAAUGUCAGUCAGUCACCUUUCUCCUGCAGAGAUGAGGUAUCUCCCUCAAGAUCUACCCUUCACUGCUUUCCCAAGGGAACCUGGAAAGAACAGUCAGGUAUUAGAGGAAAGAGAAAGGUUUUUCUAUCUAAAGCCCUGGCCUUAAAGGAUUUUACUAAGUAUAGCUGCUCCCUAGUUGUCAACCUUACUCCUUGGCUAAGGUGUCCAAGCCAAAAAGGGAGAAAGAAAAUGGAGUCUUUCUCACUCUGAGGACAGGGUAGAAGAGAGGGUAUGUAGAGGGAAGGGUCAGAUAGGCAACUUCCUUUAGCCUGUGUGCAUAUGGCCUGGAACUAGUGUUCACAGGAGCCAGUCUUUUGCUUAUUUGUUGCCAUCCUUCACCUUUUGCCAUUUCCCCUAUCAGAGAAUGUAAAUCAUUUUAACAUUAGGCCAAAAUAAACAACUUGUAGGGUACAUAUGUUGUCAAAAAAGGUUAAAGCAAUGCAUGCCAAACCAAACUAAAAUGAUUUGGAAUAUCUGCUAUUUGGGUAAUGAAGGGUUCACAGAAGAUUGGGACAAGAAACUGCAGUUUAUUGAGGGUGUUUCAGUUCCUCCUACCACCUCAACAGGACUUUGUCCAAACUCUCCUCUUACCUUUGUGCCUUGACUGUGGUUCUUUGUGGCAAGAUGCUUUGGUUGGUAAAACAUAAUAUGGAACAAAGGAUCCACUGAAGUGA